AUGCCAACUUCAGAUUUGCAGAUGAUAGAAGGGAGGUGGCAUAUACGUACUAGAGAAACGAAGGAGAAGCAUAAAUUCAAAAUAAAAACAAAAGAUUCAAAAAGCGGAGCCCAAAAUUCGAAAAAUAAUGAACAUGUGACAGACAUAUACAGUGAGUAUGAAGUGUACCAGGCAUCCAAAUCAUGUAGCAGCCUCGACGAUUUUGUGAAAAUGCUGGAUCGAGCUUCAGCAGCAGAACACAAAACAGUUCAGGAGAUUCUGCUUACUGCGACUCCUGCUGGAAAUACAUGUCUUCAUGUGGCAGCUAAGCAUGCGAAUAAAGACGUGGUGGAUUACGUAAGAGCAAAUUAUCCACCUCUGUUGUUGAACAAGAAUUACAAUGGAGACACUGCAUUGCAUCUUGCUGCAAAAGCUGGACAUGAAUCAAUUGUGACUGCCCUGGUGCAAAUUCAUCGCCACUCAAUUUCAUUCCGAAUGUCUCAACGUUCAGAAGCAGAUGAGAACAAUCUAUUAAGGGCAAAGAACGAAAGAGGAAACACAGCCCUGCAUGAAGCACUAAUCCACGGGUGGGAUUCGAUUGCCAAAUACUUGAUUCAAUACGAUCCUGCGGGAUUAUAUAUCCAAAACAAGAAAGGAGAAUCUGCGUUCUACUUGGCAGCCAAAGCCGGUUUUGCAAAUUGUUUCCAAGGUCGCCACAUGGAUGUAGGGUUCGAGGAAAAUUUUCCCAUUCGAGCAGCAAUGGAGGGGAAGAGCGAAGAAGUUUUGGAAUUGAUGUAUGAAAAUCCAAGUAUCAUGCAAUCAAGAGAUGUCGAAGGGAGAACUCCACUUCACCAUGCAGCUUCAUUAGGUUAUCUUGAAGUUGUUCGUGACUUGCUAAAGCACUACACUCCCGGUGCCAAUGAAAGAAAUCACGACGAAAGUGGUUCCUUACCCAUUCACCUAGCAUCAAAGGGAGGCCAUCUUGGUAUUGUCGAGCUUCUGCUUCAACACUCGUACGAUGCGGAGGAGUUGCUCGACAACAGUGGCCGCAAUAUCUUGCACGUUGCUGCUGAGAAUGGAAGAUAUAACAUUGUUAGUUACGUUCUAAAGAAUCCUGGUCUGGAGAACCUUAUAAACAUGAAAGAUAAGCACGGAAGUACACCCUUGCAUUUGGCCACCACGCACUGGCACCCCAAAAUUGUCAGUGCAUUGACAUGGGACAACAGAGUUGACAUUGAGUUAGUCGAUGACAAGGGGAUGACAGCUCUAGAUACGGCUGAGUGUCACAUGUCGGAUAAUCCCCCGUUUCGCCAGCGUUUAACUUGGGCUCCCCUGGUAGCUGCUGGCACCCCUCGAUCGAUGUCCGGCAAAACCAUACGUAGACAGACUUCAAUAAGGAGCUCAAACUUGGAAAACUACAAGGACAGAGUUAACACUCUCUUGCUUGUAGCGACUCUCGUUGCCACCGUCACCUUUGCAGCCGGCUUCACUUUGCCAGGUGGAUAUAACAGCUCCGACACAGAUUUAGCGGGAAUGGCAACAAUGAUUAAACACAAGGGAUUCCAUUUGUUCAUUUUCUGCGACACAAUAGCAAUGUACAGCUCCAUCGUUGUCGUUGUGGCUCUAAUUUGGGGUCAAUUAGGCGAUCUCGCCUUAGUGAUCAAUGUCCUCAUGUGGGCCCUGCCUUUGCUUGGGAUUGCUCUUACUAUGAUGUCCAUGGCUUUCAUGGCAGGGGUAUUCCUAGUCGUCAGCAAAAUCAGGUGGCUUGGUACUAUUGUAUUAGUCAUAGGAAUCCCGUUUCUUGUGAUUUUGUCCAUCCUCCUCUUUCCGUUAUGCACUCCCUUUACUUCAAGAAACCCGGUGCUCCGCUAUGUAUCCUACUAUUCCUACUAUCUGGUGCUAUUAGCAAUCAGCAACGAGCCAACCGACUAG